CAACAGGUGAAACUGGGUAGCGUCAGCAAACUUAACCAGACUGCAAGGGACCACAAUAGAUUGGGAUGUGAUAAUGAUGACUGGAAGCGCUUUCCAAACGAAAGGUGUUGAGAGAUCGCUGCAAUUACAGCGCGACGGGCAGUUAUGAUCUUUUUGCCGAAGACCCGUUUGCCGUUAUCUUGGUUUAGAUGCGCGGCAAAAACGCAGCGAGCGCAGUGUGGACGCUUCUUCCGUCAAGGUUGGACGCUGACGCGAUACAGGAACAUGUCUUCCCGAUACCUUGUUACCUUCCUUUGUAUAUCGUGCUUGAUAUAUAAUCAGGCAACAGCCAGGCCGGUUCGAAAAACUUUAAAUUUCAACAUGUUCGUGCUCCAACCACACGAAGGAACCCCUGAUCGAUCUAUCCUAGCGACUGAUGGUGUGUCAAGGUUUGGACCAAUUUUGGAAUACUUGGUGCAACGCGUCCAAGGACUUAUGUCGGUUCGUCUGCCACCUGAAGAGGCGAGUUAUCAUACAGACGAAAAAGUACCUGAUGUCUCAGAGAAUGAAGUUGAUGGUGUACAAACCAAGAUGCCAGGAGUAGUUGUCCGACCUUCUCGCGUAAAACCUGGGACCUAUGAUGUGGAGAUCGAUGUGGUAGUCGAUGAUGAACAGCCGAAUAAAAUCGAUUGAACGCUCGAUGUCUCGCACAGAAUUGGAAAAUCGUGAUAAAUGUUGCAUUUACUGAUCAGUGUAUUUGGUAUUGGACUUUUUAUUUAUUCUUGCCAUAUUGUUGAGUUGAAUAAAUUAUUUUUUGUGAUAUGUA